AUGUCGCCGCGCUUAGGAGGGCUACUUCAGCUCUCACCCGUAUGGGGUGCCCCAUUGAUCACGCCCCGGAUCCCCGUGCGCUCCUUCGGAAUCCGAUCUCUCAACCCGCCCAAACCCAGUCGUUUCAAUAUCGGCCCCGGGCUGCCAGUCCUCGAGUCGACGUCGACGGCGGCGCUCCGCCGCAAAGCCAAUUCCCUCCCGCUCCGCACUGGCGCUAUCGGUAUCAAGAAGGGCAUGACUGCUAUCUACGAUCCGGAGUCUGGAAAGCGCAUCCCCUGCACUGUCCUCCAGCUGGAUCGUGUUGAGGUUAUCUCCCACAAGACCCGUGAGAGACAUGGUUACUAUGCUGUGCAGGUUGGUGCUGGCUGGAAACACCCGAAUAACGUGACCAAGUCGAUGCUUGGACAUUUCUCGGUUAAUGGGGUCUCGCCUAAGCGCCAUAUCUUUGAAUUCCGCGUUAAGGACGAGGCGGGCCUUAUCCCUGUUGGUCAGAGCAUUGAGGCGGGUUGGUUCCAGGAGGGCCAGUUUGUUGAUGCUCGCUCCAAUACUAAGGGUAAGGGUUUUGCUGGUGUCAUGAAGAGACACGGCUUCGGCGGUCAGGAUCGCAGUCACGGUAACACUGUUCAGAACUUGAAGAUUCUCAAGGUGGAUUCUGAGAAUGGUAUUGUGGUUGUCAGCGGUGCUGUCAGUGGUCCCAAGGGCUGUGUUGUGAGAAUCCAGGAUGCGAUCAAGAAGCCAUGGCCGGAAGUGCCACAGGCAGAGGCGACGGAACCUGCCACUGCUUAA